AUGGUUUUUCAGUGCAAUGAUGUGAACAUUCUUAAUAUUCAUGACUUACAAGGAGUAAAAACAAAUACUAAGAAGGAAGGAAGUGACUGGAUUCUCAAUGGAAGCAAGGUGUUCGUCAGUAAUGGGUGGUUAAGUGACCUUGUGAUUGUAGUUGUGAUCACAAAUUGUGAGGCUCCCCCUGCCCAUGGUAUUAGCCUUUUUCUGGUGGAAAAUGGAAUGAAAGGGUUUAUUAAGGGACAAAAGCUACAAAAAAUGGGAUUAAAAGCCCAGACGAGUGAUAAUGAUACUGCAGAACUAUUCUUUGAAGAUGUAUGGUUGCCAGCUAGUGCCCUACUUGGAGAAGAGAAUAAAGGCUUCUAUUAUCUCAUAAAGCUUCCACAGGAAAGGCUACUAAUUGCUGAUGCAAUUUCAGCUAGUUAAUUCAUGUUUGAAGAAACCUGGAACUAUGUUAAACAAAGAAAAGCUUUUGGGAAAAUAAUUGCCCACCUACAGACAGUGCAACAUAAAUUAGCAGAAUUAAAAACACACAUAUGUAUAACCAGAGCAUUUGUGGACAGCUGUCUCCAGCUGCAUGAAAGGAAACGUUUAGACUCUGCCACUGCUUGCAUGGCGAAAUAUUGGACAUCUGAUUUACAAAAUAGUGCAGCUUAUGACCGUGUACAGCUCCAUGGAGGUUGGGGAUGCAUAUGGGAGCACCUAACUGCAAAAGCUUAUGUGGAAGCCUGAGUUCAGCCAAUCUAUGGUGGUGCAAAUGAAAUAAUGAAGGAGCUGAUUGCAAGAGAUAUUGUCUGUGACAAGUAGACAUCUGCCCACAUCUUGGAAUCCUAUUACAGCUAAUCUGGUUUUAAAUCUACUCAAGAUAAAAUGUAACUUGGAAAGCAAAGAAACACUAAACAUGUUUUUAUAUGCUCUCUCUAUAGAGAAGGAAAUAAAAUAUAAAUAUAAGAUUAACACAGUAGGAGAAAUCUUUGAAGCCAAAAUUCUCAUUUUCCAAUAUAAUGUUUAACUUACAGUUUUUUCUUAUAUAGCCAAAGGUCAAAGAUUUUCAGUUUGAUUUAUCUACAAAAUUCUAAAAAGCAUAAAUUGUUCAAAUCUUCAAACCAAGGCAGAAAUAAUUUUAUGUCAUUAUAGUAUAAAAUCAUUAUUAAGCAGCACAUUAACUUUUAAAGGGAAAAAUAUAACUUAGAAUGUAAACUCAUUUCAGCUACCUUUUGCUCCAAAUUCCCUAAAACAGUGGUUUUUUAUCACUGUACUGCAACCUCCUAUUUUUAAGCAAUGGAACUCUUGCUUCAAACAAAAGCUUAUGCAGAACAUCUCUGUGAAACACUGUUGAGUGAGAAUUGCUUUGAUUGAAGCAGGAAGCCAUCAUGCCUUACUACCUUGAAACCCCUAGGACUCAGCUAAGCAUUUACCUAAUCCUAACCAGGGAAUGCCUUGGUUCUGUCAAUUGCUGAUACACAAGAACACAGAAUAGUCCAUCAUUCUUUAAUUUCAAGAUACUGGUACACUUUAUAGAUAUCAAAGCAGUGGCUUUUAUUUUGUAACAGUUAGUGUAUUUAUUAACAUUAUUUUGUGUCUUCUAUAAACCAGGCUCUUAAUGCAAUGAUGACAAACAAAACUGGCAAGAUAACUAAAAAAUAAGUGAAUAAACAAAUAAGCAGUAAUAAAUAAAGAAGUAAAUAAGUAAAAGAGAUAGUUUCAAGCAUCAGUGCAAUUUAAAUAAUAAAGCAUUUAAAAUUGAAAAGUGAAGACAUGACAUUUGAUUUGAGACUUAAAAGUAAUUAUAAAAAAUAAACAAUUAAUU